ACGUAUUUCCUAGAAAACAGUUUUUGGGAAUUGGAGAACUCUGUGAACUCUCGCUCUCCUGAUUGCUUCGAAAGAGCAGUGUCUUCGAAGAAUAUCAGAAGGUGUAAUCCAGUUUUCUUCAAACACUCCGUGAUUUGAUUUUUCUUCUCUUCUAAGUUGUGAAGGGAACUAUUCAUUAAGUGCAAAGAUGAAUGCUGUUGUCAAGAUUCUCAUCAUGUCGGCCCUGUUACCCAGCACAGUUCAUUCAGAUCCACUGGCCUAUGCAAUUUGUCAAACAGGAUGUAACACAGUUUGGGUUGCCUGUGUAUCUGCUGCAGGGGGAGUGGCGGGGGUCUCCACCGGAAGUGUAGGAGUUCCGGCGGCUAUCCUGGCGUGUAAUGCUGCCCAGGGGACCUGUAUGGCGGCUUGCGUUGCUGCUGGUCUCUCACCGACCCCGUAGUUAAUCAUACGGUGUUUUUGCGUUGCCAAGCACGUCGCAUGGCCUGUUACUUGGUUAACCAUCUCUCUAUUAAAAGACGUUAACCUCGCUCGUGCUGGAUAGAAAUUGGUGAGCGUUUACUUAGUGCCAGAAUCGAAGAUAUUUAAUUGAACUGUAGUCUCUUUUCUGUAACAAUUAUAGCAGUAAACGAACUCCUUACAAUGUGGUGUAAUAGUGUGAUAGAUUACAUGAUAUUGUAAUCGAAGGUAUCAAUCGUUUCUGGAUCGAAGAACACUUAACUUUAUUUAAUCGAACUGUAACCUCACUUACUUGUGUAACAAAUACGGCCGUAAACGUCCCCCUUAUAAUCUGGUAUAAUAAUGUAAUCGAUGACGUGAUAUUGUAAUCGAAGGUAUUCAUGGUUUAAAAGGACAAUCAAAGUAGUUUUUAUGCAAAAGUGAAAAUGGUCUCAAUCGAUAACUCGCAGAUUUCUUCCUGAACGCUGCAUGGACUUACAAGUCUGUGCGACGACAGCACAGACAUUCCAAGCUCAUUCAGUGGCCGUCCUUGGAAAUGAAACAACCGUAGUCAGUUGCCGGAACCAUUAAACAGAACUUUCAGUAGUAAAACGCCUUCCUUCUGUUAGAGCCUAAACUGCAGUUGCUGUGCAACAACAAGAGAUAUCAGGACUAGCUCUGGCAGCUUUGCUGUUUAUUCUUCUGCUUGAACUACGGUAAUAUCUGAUAACUGACUCCUUAGCUAAAUUCUUCUACUUCUAAAUACAGCCUUGCAAUGCACCCACUUUUGUACUAACUCUAACCACGCCCGGGAUUCAACCCAAGGGUAAACCAGGUGGUACAAAACAAAGUACCCGGAUGUAACUUCUAAACGUUUAGAAUUUCUCAAGACUUUUCAUGGCGACUGCCUUGAUUUGUUUUAGGUUUUUUUUCGGCCCAAGUCGACCCUUCAAUUGGGAAGUUGAUACCCGGUAGUUGAAUUUAUCAACAUUUGCUCUUAUUUUAUGGUAACUGAGUCGUUUUCUCAGUAAUCAGUUUCGUAUGGUAAGGUAAGGUAAGGUAACUUUAUUUAGAAUAGCAAACGUGGGGAGUGGUUGCACAAUCUCCCGAGUCAGGAGCUCAUAAUAAAAAGGCUCGACUAUUUAUAAUAACAUUACGACUUACAAUUACUAUACACCUUUUAAGAAGAAAGGAAAAUUCGCUAAAAUAAUGCCUCCAUGCAUUCCUCGAAAUUUCGGUUCCACGCGUUCCAGAGCGUUUCCAUGUUUUACAGUAUGAAACACUUUUUUGAUGGCUGCUCAUAACUACCGGAGCUAAGCUAGUUUUUAUACUUUAGCAAAACGUCGUUUGGGAUGUUUUAGAGAGUUUUCUUUAAAUAGAAGCACAGUGGUAUUCGAUCCCUUUUUGCUUUUGUACGACUACAGACUAGUGAUUUUUUACUGGUUAUAUUUUUACACUUACUGCAGCUUGUCAACUAUACUUUUUUGAAUACCCUUUCCAUGUAAUCAAAGUAGAUUUUAAAGUAAUAGAUGUCCAACAGUAGCGAUUAAAUGUAGACAUGGUGAUAGAUGCGAAUGCAUUCGCAUCUACCAUAAUGUCUACAAAGUAGAUUUUAGUUUUGGCAUUUUAGCAUCGAGGACAAUGGUUUGUGUGAAACGGGUUUACGCUGUACAGUAAACACUGACCGAGGGUAAAAUGAAAAAAAAAAUGUUGUUUAGCUCUUUUUAUUUUUGAGAAAGCAACAUAAUGUAGAAUUUUUCUUUUAAUUUUAAAUGUCUCAAUCUUCCCCUGGUUUCACCGCAGCCCGACGAUUGAUUGUAAACUGGACAAAAUAACACAGUCGUUAUCAAAAAAGAUACUGAACAGUUUUAAACAGCUUUUUGCUUAUAUCUGUCCGGUGAUUAGCCAAAGGCAUAUCAAGCUAGCUAGGCUGCUAUCCUUGCAGAAUUUUCCGUUCUACUGUAAUGGUACAUUAUGGAAUAUAUAGAAAAUGGCUUAGCUUGAACCCUUAGGCUGAGUUACCCGGUCUGACUAGACCUCACACGAUACUAGUCGAAAGCCAACCACCCGAGAGGACCCGUAAGGGUAUUUGCCUGGUAUUCGCCAAUUUAACACAACUAUCUCUCCUAUAUUUACUUGUAUCGUCACCAUCUACGGGUAUAUUGCGAAUUCACAACGGUGGCUCUUGCCACCGUUCUAGGCUGAUUUUUUCUUUUCUUUUCUUUUCUGUUUUUUGUUUUUGUUUUUUUGUUUUUUUGUUGUUUUUUUUUCAUGCUUUCAUUUCACAGCUGCUUUAGUUGUGUGCGUAACUGCGGUGAUCAAUCAUGUCUUCACACAACUACUACUCGCAAGAACGCAGACAUAUCAGGAAAAUCCGUAGCGUAACUAAAUUAGAAAACCUUCUCUGUCCACGAAUUUUCAGGUUUUCCUCACGUGUGUUUAUUACCAUACCCUAGUGAGUGCCACACGUUUGCCACACGUUUGUCUCACGUUCCUUCCUGUUCCCAUCCAAACACGUCACGCGUAGAUAGCACGAGCGGAGGAAAAAUGAUAAACUUUCCAUUGGAGCCAAAUAAAACCUCAGUUUCUUGUACAACCGUGUUCACUGAAGCAAUAGAGAGCUAAAGUAAACCACGACAGCAACGACACGAGACACCACCAAACAAAAGGUUUAACGAGCAGAACAAUGGCUGAGCACGUGCGUUAUAAGUCGUCUUUGUACAUUUCUUGGUCAUCCUCUGCAAAACAACAGCGUGAAGUGACUCAGUUCUGUGUAGUUUGGAACGUGGAAGACGGCAGCUAAUUUUUCGUAUUUUUAUUUGGAAUUAACCGCUGUCGUUACAUGUUUAGCUUAAGCAAGUUCUGAGACCAAUAGGCGUAAUGGACGGAUGUAGACAAUUGCGAAAUUCGAAGGUAAAAUAUACAUUCAUUUUUUACUAGGCGUUUCCUUGGGGUCGCCGUCUUCAUCAAUCGAGUCAGAACAAGGCCCUGUUUUUGCUCCCUUCCUUUUUCGGUUUUCUUGCCCUACUAGGGGAAUUUUCCAUAUAAGAGAAAGUUAUGAACCCAAACGUCAGCUAAAGUGAUCAACAAGUCGCAAUGGCGGAAAAGGUCUGGUUUUUUUCUUGAAUCUGAGGGGAAGAAAUUCGAAGGUUUAUUUCUUGCGUGUCAUUAUCCUUGGCUCAAUUGAUCUCAUUCUUUGUAACACUAUUUCCUAUUCAUCACUGAGCAAGCAUUAAAAUGAUGACGUCACAAGUAGUACAGGGACUGGUUCGUUACUCUCGAAUGCACAAGACACACAUGGGUUGAUAUGUUUCCUUUCCACUAACAAUGAUCUUGUUUGAUUGAAUAUAAACUGGAUUGAAAUUGAAUCACUUUUUUUAAUCAAAUGUACUUGUUUGAAUUUUGUUCACCUUGCCAAGAGCUCUCGACUAAUUGACCACCAGUAUCACGUUUUUUUUGUCGUCUCUUGUUGACCUUUAUCUGCUUUUCCUAGAUUUAUAACCAAGAUAUCCUCUUUAGUUCGUGUGAACAGAUUUCACGAUUAAUUAUUUUGUUGACAUCCUCAAAGAUUCGCUCACGCGACGCUGUUGACCUUUUACCGGAAACAAAUGAGAGCGGAUAACAUUUCAACGUUUAUUGCACGACUAUUACGUUUAUUGCACCACUAUUAGUUGAUUUAGUCUCAUGCUAAAUUCGACGAACCAAAACCAAAGCAAAUCCAUAAAUGUCUUUUUAGAGGACAGUCUCUCAUUGUGGGCAGUCUAUACGUCUAACUGCUUCCAUAGAAAUAAAAUUGUAAAGAAGUUUGAACGACGAAGUUUGCUUCGUUGGCAAAUUCUUUUUAAUGCCAGUACCAUUGAAACGGCAACUUUUAAACGCAGGAUUUUCAGACUGGCUAAAAUAAAUAAAUUAUUCCAUUUUUCCAUGGCGUUUCCAAGUUGUUCAUGACUGCACAGGGAAGAGAUUUCCCCUCGCCUUGCUCGUACAUGACACAAGCACGUGAACAGCAGCUCCUCGCCAAUUAGCAACGACAGUUAAUGCUGACGUCAACGGAUGCAAUCAAUGGGCAUACUUGUGACUUAUUUCCCCUUAAUUGGAGAUAUUCCUUACAUAGAAUGGGUAUAAAUCGCCGGAUAAUCGUACAGAAAAAGCUGUAAAUCUUUCCACGAAAGAGAGAGCUGCGACAGAGCGCGACACUUGAAAAGGUACGACGUCUGGUCGCCAGUUAUACAACAAAAGGAGGCUUUUUAAUGAAACAUCGCUAAUACAGUAAACUGCAGUGCUGACAGAAACAUGGAUUACAGAGCUACCUUAAAAGGAAGAUUGGGCGCAAAAUGGCGCCGCCGAUCCGUGGCAGAAAGGCUAUUGCGUCGUGCAAUUGGCGAAAAAGGAAGCUUGAGUGAAAAGGGAAACCUGGAGUUUCAGAAGAUAUGGGAAUAUUUCACAAAUGGAUCUUUAUUAAUCCCUUCUGUACGAAAUUAUUUUAACACUCAUUUCACGAAAACGAUAUCAGAUAAUGAUGAAAUAACUUCAUCCAAGAUAUGGCAAAGAAAGAAGCAUUCCCAACCAACGCCGAUCUGCAAGAAACAGACCGAGGAACACAAGCGACUGGAACUAGACAAGAUCGACUCCAACAAGAGCUGGAAACAAUGGGGGCCUUACUUGUCCGAGAGGCAAUGGGGCACAGUACGUGAAGACUAUUCCGACGAUGGCAACUGCUGGGACUAUUUCCCUCAUGAUCACGCCCGAUCACGUGCUUAUCGGUGGGGAGAGGAUGGUUUGCUAGGAAUCACGGACCAGGAGUGUCGACUAUGUUUUGGUUUGUGUUUGUGGAAUGAGAAAGAUCCCAUUCUGAAAGAAAGACUCUUUGGACUCACUGGAAACGAGGGUAACCAUGGUGAGGACGUGAAGGAAUGUUACUACUAUCUGGACUCCACUCCAACUCAUUCUUACAUGAAGGCCCUGUACAAAUACCCACAGAAUGAAUAUCCUUAUGACUUAAUUGUCAGCGAGAACAGAGAAAGAACAAAGCAGGAACAAGAGUUUGAACUGGCUGAUACUGGCGUAUUUGAGGAGGGACGCUAUUGGGACAUUUUUGCAGAGUACUCAAAGAACACUCCUGAUGAUGUGCUUAUCAAAAUCACCGUAGCCAACCGCGGACCGGAAACAGCGCGGGUGCAUGUGCUACCGACCUUGUGGUUCAGGAACACGUGGAGCUGGAGCUGUGAUCACGAGGCGUGUACAUGCGGCACUGAACCGGAAGAAUGCAUGACGAAACCAAAGUUGAUCCAAACGCAACCUGGUGUUGUGGCAUGUCAUCACGACACGUUGGGAAAAUACUUUUUUACUGUGGACUCUGGCCAGGAAGGACACCGACCGGAAAUGAUUUUCACAGAAAAUGAAACAAAUUUUAAGAAACUCUACAACACAGUUAACAGCUCAUCGUACACAAAAGAUGCAUUUCAUCGCUACCUCAUUGACGGCAAAGCCGAUGCAGUUAAUCCCCUCAAAAGGGGCUCCAAGAUGGCAGCGCAUUACGUCCUUACGGUCCCCUCUGGAGGACGGCACAUAAUUCGUUGUCGCCUUUCAGCCUGCGAUGACAGAAUUCCUCCGUCUGUUAGGGAGAAUGGUUUUGAUGAAAUGGUCACCAGGAGGAAAAACGAAGCUGAUGAAUUUUACAAGACUGUUAUACCUGAGUAAAAGAGGCCUGUUUUUUUUUUUUUUCUGUCAUUAUGGCGCAUGUCAGACGAAGAGGUGAUAGUGUCGCGCCAGUCCUACGCAGGAUUGCUAUGGAGCAAACAGUUUUAUUACUACGUGGUUGAUGAAUGGCUUAAAGGCGAUCCUAACAUGCCUUGCCCGCCUCGUAACCGUCUUAAUGGACGGAACUCAGAAUGGAAAUAUCUGCAUAACAAAGAUGUGAUUUCUAUGCCUGACAAAUGGGAAUACCCAUGGUACGCCUCCUGGGACUUAGCCUUCCACAUGCUUCCCUUCUGCAAAGUCGACCCUGAGUUUGCCAAAGACCAGUUGUUACUGUUCCUACGCGAGACAUACAUGGCACCAAACGGACAGAUUCCCGCGUACGAGUUCGCGUUCAGUGACGUCAAUCCACCAGUGCACGCGCUGGCCUGUUACCGAGUGUACGAACUGACCGGGAGGUCUGGAGAGAAGGACACUGUCUUCCUUGCGAAAUGCUUUCAGAAACUUCUUCUAAACUUUACUUGGUGGGUAAACCAGAAGGACCCUGAAGGGAAGAACAUUUUUGGAGGAGGAUUUCUUGGUCUUGACAACAUUGGGUGUUUUGACAGAUCUAAGCCUCUCCCCCCAGGAGACCGCCUUUGCCAGGCUGACGGCACAGCAUGGAUGGCCAUAUAUUCUGUUGUGAUGCUUAACAUCUCUUUAGAGCUCGCUCUUAAUGACGCCGCCUACGAAGACAUUGCUGUCAAGUUCCUGGAACAUUUCACCCGCAUCGCGGACGCCAUUAAUCAAAUGUCGGACGGGUUUGGACUCUGGGAUCCUGAGGACGGAUUCUAUUACGAUCACUUCCACAGAGGAGAGGAGUUUUUUCCUCUGCGCGUGCGUAGCUUGGUUGGCCUGGUUCCUCUGCUGGCCUGUUGGGUGUUGGAUGGCAAGUAUCUGGGUAAACUUCCUGGAUUCAGAAGCCGGUUAAACUGGUUUAUGGAAAACAGGAAAGACCUAGCCUCACAGAUCGCCUCCUUGAAUCCAAACGACGACUCAUACCUCCUGGCGAUUCCCUCCCGUGAACAGCUUCGUAGUUUGUUGUCGUACAUGUUGGAUGAAGAUGAAUUCUUGUCACCGUACGGUAUCCGUUCUAUGUCACGUUACCAUGAAAAGUACCCCUACGAACUGGACAUCGACGGUAUCAAAUACAAAGUGGAUUAUGUUCCAGGCGAGUCCAACACACACAUGUUUGGCGGCAACAGUAACUGGAGGGGACCGAUCUGGUAUUGUGUCAACUAUCUGAUUGUUGAGGCACUCAAACGCUAUGACUACUUCUAUGGAACCAGUUUCAUGGUCGAAUGUCCAACCGGUUCUGGAAAUCUGAUGCGUCUCCGAGAUGUGUCCAUGGAACUUUCCCGUCGUUUGGUCUCUGUGUUUCUCCCAGACGAACUUGGCCACAGGCCCUGUCACGGAGUUGAGGAGCGAUAUGCAACAGACGAGGACUGGAACCAACUGGUGCUGUUCUACGAGUAUUUUGAGGCGGAAACCGGAAGAGGAUGUGGGGCCAGUCAUCAAACUGGUUGGACAGCUCUUGUGUCUUCGCUCUUCGAUAAAAUCGCCGUCGACAGAAACAGAAGCACCGUGAUCGAGAAUUUGACAAACCAUUGACGAGCUUAAACAAAGCAAACCACAGCUAGGAAGGACAGUGAAUCAGGGAAAGAUACCUUAAUAUAAAAUAAUGGCCAGUUCCAUCUAUCAGGCGAGUCCGCGGGGAAUAACGGUAGUUGCAUUUAUCAUCUUGGACAGGAUAUUUGUUUUCAUGAAUACAACUGCUAUGAUUCCCUGCGGGAACGUCUCGUAGCGGGAAUUGCCCAUUGUUAAUGUAUAGUACAGGUUAAUAUGAAAAGCGACCGAAUGUGAAAGUUUAAGUUUAUUUUUGUAAAGCAAUCGCUAAGUUCAAUAGAUUUGGAUAACUGAGGAUUGUAUGGCUUGUGCCAGCUUAAGCCUCAGGUCAGGCUAGCUUUAAAAGCCUUUCGCUUCCUCCCAACUUGCUUCUCGUGUUAUUUGAAAAAGUGGCAUUUUUGUACAGUCUGCAUGCGCAAGUAAAGAUGGAAGUUAAAAGAAAUUUUUUCAAAAAUAUUAUAUCUUCCAGUAAUAUAGAUAGUCCGAUCGAAAAAGUAACCAAAAUUUGAACAACAAAAUUAAAGAAAAUAAAGUAAUGCAAAACGAAAUGACAAUUUAAACAAAACAUACUUUUUUUACAAAAGCUUUAAGCUUCGUUAUUUUGAAGUAUUCUUUUGUCGAUGUUAUUAUGUUUUAUCAUGCUUACGUCUUCCCGACCAUGCUGGGGAAGAUAUAAUGAUAUUCUUAUCUCUCUUUGAUGUAAACUACAUGGAAUACCUCAUAUCAGAGAAAUCUCUCCUUUAGAUUUGUAGACGCUGGCGUCACGCCAAAUAGUCUGCGCAUGCUUAGUGUCAGUCUCGUACCCAGCCGUAUUAGUUAAAUAGAUAUUUCAGUGUAAACAUAAAGAAUAAUUAAAGCUGGUCUUCAGCGACUUCAGCUAUAAGAAACGUGUAUUCGACAGAUAGAGCUUUUUGAAUCGUUUUGAUAUUACUCUACUCUUAGUAAUUAGGUCCAGGCCACUACAUAAGUUUACAUUGUUUGGAUAGAUAAAAGAUCUUUUCGUCAUGUUCUUGCCGGACAAAAUUGAUUCUGCAAGUCACGCUUACCUUUUUAAAUGUUGUGGCAUUGACCUUUAAGGCGUAAAUAAUAUCUUGAAAUGAUUCAAUUGAAUAAAAUUCAGCAUAUACGUGCGAUACUA